AUGAUUGAUGGGUUUGUGAGAAACGGUUCUGCUUCGGAAGAAAUGGCCUACUUCGUGCGGAUGAAGAAGACUGGGCUCGUGGUUAAUGAGAUGACUGUUGUGAGCGUUUAUCAAGAAACGUUGGGGUUCAUUGGGAGUUCUCUUGUAGAUAUGUAUGGGAAAUGUGGUUGUUAUGAUGAUGCCCAGAAAGUGUUCGACGAAAUGCCAAACAGAAACGUGGUGACGUGGACGGCGUUGAUUGUUGGAUACGUGCAAAGCCGUUGCUUCGAGAAAGGGAUGUUUAGUUCUCGAGGAGAUGUUAGAGUCUUAGAGAGUGGUGUUGUGCCUAACGAGAAGACUCUAAGCUGUGUUCUUUCGGCGUGUGCUCACAUAGGGGCACUUCACCGACGAAGAAGGGUGCAUUGUUAUAUUAUUAAGAAUUCGAUUGGGAUAAACACUACAGUAAGAACAACGUUGAUUGAUCUUUAUGCCAAGUGCGGGUGUUUAGAAGAAGCUAUAUUGGUCUUCGAGAGACUUCCUGACAAAAAUGUGUAUGCUUGGAACUGCAAUGUGUUUCCACGGUCGGGACUGAUGAUUAAUGGACUUGCAGCGCACGGAUAUGCAAGAGGCGCAGUUGAUCUCUUUCAGACCAUGUUAAGGAGCCAUGUUUCACCAAAUGAAGUUACUUUCAUCGCUGUGUUAAGCGCCUGUGCUCAUGGAGGCCUUGUAGAAGACGGUCAAAGGCUUUUCGUGAGCAUGAAAGAAAGAUUCAAUUUGGAGCCAAAUGUCGAUCACUAGGCGUGUAUGGUUGAUUUAUUUGGAAGAAAUGGUUUGCUAAAAGAGGCAAAGGCUUUGAUUGAGAAGAUGCCAAUGGAGCCAACAAAUGUGGUAUGGGGAGCUUUGUUUGGGUCUUGUUUGAUACACAAAGACUAUGAGUUAGGUAAAUACGCAGCAUACCGUGCGAUCAAGCUGCAACCUAGUCACAGCGGGAGAUACACGCUCUCGGCUAAUUUGUACUCGGAAUCCCAAAACUGGGAUGAAGUUGCUUUGGUAAGAAAACAAAUGAAAGAUCAACAGGUGGUGAAAACGCCGGGAUGUAGUUGGAUGGAAGUGAAAGGUAAGCUUCAUGAUUCCAUAGCUUUCGACGAUAAAAAACGCCUCGAGUCUGAUGAUUUGUACAAGACACUCGACACGUUAGGGUGCAAAUUGAGUUUGUCUGAUGAAUUGGAAUAUUUGACUGCUCAAUCUUGA